GCCGCGGGGGCGAGGGCCGCUCUCCCCGACGUGCGCAGCGCCGGACAGUAAUGUCGCGUCCCGGGUGGAGCGCGCUGCGAGCGCCGCCCUGGCGCCGCCUCCCGCUGCCCCGCCCGCCCGUCCGGCUGCGCGCCCUCUCCUCCCGCGAGCGCGGAGCGGCGAGCCCGGCGCGGCCAUGGGGAGUGGGAUGAGCCAGAUCCUGCCGGGCCUGUACAUUGGCAACUUCAAAGAUGCAAGAGAUGCAGAGCAAUUGAGCAGGAACAAGGUGACACACAUUCUUUCUGUGCACGACACUGCCAGGCCCAUGCUGGAGGGAGUUAAAUACCUGUGUAUUCCAGCAGCAGACUCACCGUCUCAAAACCUGACAAGACAUUUCAAAGAAAGUAUUAAAUUCAUUCAUGAGUGCCGACUCCAGGGUGAGGGCUGUCUUGUACAUUGCCUGGCUGGGGUCUCCAGGAGUGUGACACUGGUGAUCGCAUACAUCAUGACUGUCACCGACUUUGGCUGGGAAGAGGCCUUACACACCGUUCGUGCGGGGAGGUCCUGUGCCAACCCCAACCUGGGCUUCCAAAGGCAGCUGCAGGAGUUUGAGAAACACGAAGUGCGGCAGUAUCGGCAAUGGCUGAGAGAAGAAUAUGGAGAGAACCCCUUGCGGGAUGCAGAAGAAGCCAAAAGCAUUCUGGGUAAAUAUAAAGAGCAAGGGCGCAUGGAGCCCCGGCCUAGCAGCAGGCGGUGGAGCAGCUUUUCAGCCCUGCCCCCUCUCGCCUACAAUAACUACACAACAGAGACCUAACACAGAGAGCCUGUGUCUGUCUCCUGCUGCGGGUCUUCUGGGUUGCCUACCGUGUGCUGGUGUGCCUGGUGUGCUGGCUCCCGCCUCUGAGGACUACAAGAGGAGGUCGCAGCGAGGUGGAGCACUCGGGGCUCCUCCCCAGGACCCCGCCCCACUCAGGCCUUUUCAGUCUCCCGCCUUGGCCCACUCUUUUCCUCACCUGAACUUGCCCAGCCUGGGAUGCUACCCGGCCACUGUGUAUUUCUCAUAUGUGUGCAAGAGCAUGUGUGUGUGUGUAAGAGUGUGCAUAUAUACCUACCAAUGUAUGCAAUGUGAACCAGUAUACAUGUAAAUGUGUCUCUGCAUGUGGGAACUGAGUGUUUAUGGUGCUGAAAGUUAUAAGCCCCUGCUGUUAGAACUGUGAUGGGCAUAUUGUUCAAUCCUCAUGGAAGUCAUUUGAACUUGGCCCCUGAAAAGCUACUCGCCAAGUAAUAGCCCAUUCCUGUGGUGAGUGAGAGCUCAGGGUGUGAGCAGCUGGAAACAGUGGUGUUCCAGAUCCUGAUGGUAU